GACUUCAGUCUGGUUCAGAUGUACUCGUGGCCUCGCGAUGCCCUCUCGUGGCCGAAAAUAAAACAUAUUUAAAAGAACGCUGGGGUUCUUCACGCGUAAUACGGUUCCCCAAAUAAAAGCAACGUUCUUCGGGUAGGGAAGAGAAAACUUCGGCUGACUUGGAGAUGACCCACCCAAUUUUUAUGUUAAAUGAACAAAGAUACCAUCGCGCAGGACAGAAAAACGAUGGAGAAGCCUCUGCUCGUUGACAUCCGGCCUGCUUCUUUCCUACUUGGCUUUCAGGACCCCAAGAGAAGGGGGGGGCUGAAAAGAGGAAAACCUCCCCUCGGGAAGCUAUUGGAAAAUCUGGAUUGCGAAAAAAAAACCUCCCCCCGGGUAGUGGCAGGAUUUCCUUCUGCUCUAAUGAUCCUGCGCUCCGGGUUUUGCCCGAGGACCAGGGCGCCGUAACACGGGAGUCCAGCAGAGGAAGGAGGACACGCGACUGCUUAAGAAAAGCAGGGAGUAGAUAAAAGACGAAGCUAAACUCGUUCUGGGUAAUGGUGUGAGCAAGGAAGAUUACCACAAUGAAACUCAAUGAACGUAGUGUGGUACAUUAUGCCACAUGUGACUCUCCAGCCGAUCAUACUGGCUUUCUGUGCAAGCGUAUGGAACGCCAUCAUCACAACCAUCACAUCACCUCUUACCAGCGCUGCUGGUUCAUUCUCAAGGGCAACUUGCUGUUCUACUUUGAAGAGCGGGACUGCUGUGACCCCCUGGGUCUCAUUGUGUUAGAGGGCUGCACCGUGGAACUAUGUGAAGCUGCUGAGGAAUUUGCUUUUGCCAUCCGCUUUGAUAGCAGUGGUGGCAAAUCUUAUGUGUUGGUUGCUGACUGCCAAGUUGCCAUGGAGGCUUGGGUGAAGGCACUUUCACGAGCCAGCUUUGAUUAUAUGAGGCUAGUAGUUAAGGAACUAGAGAAACAGCUGGAAGAGGCUCAGAGGAGUUUAGCUGCUAGCCAUAAAUCACCAAAGAAAUUGUCUUCUGGCCGCAAAAGGCAUUUAUCAAAUCCCAUGAUGAUAUCCAUCCAAGAACAUCCUGUCAUCUUGGAGAAUGGUUACUCCACAUGGAACGAUAGUUGCACUCUUGCAGAAAUGGCAUAUUCUGAUUUCAGUGGAGGAUUUCUGAAGCCUCCACCUUUACCUCCUCGUCGAAAACUGACAGGCAGUGCUGUAGGUGGAGCAUUGUUGGCUGGGUCUGCCUCUGCCACACAGGAAAGUCCUGUAUCUCCAGAGACUACCUGCUUCUCAAAGUUGCAUAAUUGGUAUGGUCAUGAAAUUGCAGAGGUGAGAAGAGAGUGGAUGGAAAGAAAGAAGACAGUAGAAAUAGGAACACAUUGAAGAAAAUACAUUUUGUGGGAUUGAGAGAAAUGGACAUAAGGUAGGUUUCUGCUUAUAGAAUCAUAUGGUUGGAAAGGACCUUGGUGGUCUUUUAGUCCAACCCUCUGCCCAAGGCAGAAGUCCUUAUUUUACUUGCAGGUUUUAUUCCUAGUUGAUAAAAACUAAGAAACAGCUAUUAUUGCAUCUUCCAGACUGGAUGAUUAAUAAGUCUGCUUUCUAUUAUACAUUGCCACCACACGUUAUUGCCAGGAAUUCUAAAAACACCAUAUUCCUAAUUAUGCACCUUUCAGAAUUUAAGAAGAUAUUUCUAAGAAACUGCUAUAUCAGCUCAAAAGAGUAUUCCAGACCUUUAUUUCAGAAAGUCUACUUCUUCAUGCAAGAGAAGAAUCCAUGUAUCAUUUCCUCCUUUUUUAUCCAUGCACAACUAUUAAUUGUAUUUCAUCUGUAUAUUGUAGCUAUUUUGAUAGAUGUUGGAACAAUAUAGUAGUGAGUUGCCUUUCUGUUCAUUAGAAAAACAUCAUAGAAUGUAUACAUUAUAUUUUAACUAUAGACAUUUCAUAUAUUUUAGAUUUUCAUGCAAAUGAGGACAAAGCUGUGAAAAGUUGCUUCCAUACGACCACCUCAAGAAUUUAUAGUCAAAAUAUAUUUUUUAUUCAGGAACGUCCCACCUCAUGCACUCAGAUGCAACACUGGGCAGCCUCAUAAAAUAUAAGAACAGUAUAUGAUUCAUAGUCAUACCUUAGGUAUGCCUUUAUCUGACCUUACCUGUGUUUUUUCUAUCUUUUGGAACUUCUUAUAUGGACUGUCCUUGAAUUAAAACAGUUUGUUUAAUGACCUUUCGAAGUUAAAACAGCAUUGAAAAAAAUUGACAUAUGACUGUUUUUCACACAACCCCACUGCAACAUCCCCAUGGCCAUGUGAUCAAAAUUCAGGCACUUGGCA